AUGGAAGACCUCCUGCACUCGACGGCCAACAGCAACGGCAGCGUCGUCGUCGUCGUCGUCCCGUCGACAUUCCCCGACUCGAGUUAUUGGCUGAACUCGACGAUGAUGUCGACAACGUCGUCGACGGGGCUCGUGUCGUCCUGGCCGCCGGAAUCGACGGGUUACGCUAUCGUCAAGCUCGUUUUGUCGAUCCUGUACACGUGCGUGUUCCUCCUCGGAUUUUAUGGCUUCAAUAGCGAGAAAACGAGUUCCGACGGGGUUCCCAUCAUUGUCACGACCAUGUACGUCCACACGUGGCCGUUCGGGUUCUGGGUGUGCCGCACGUUCAUGACGCUGACAGGCAUCAACCAAAUAACAAGCAGCAUUUUCCUGACGGUCAUGAGUGCCGACAGAUACGUGGCAGUGUGUCAUGCCAUCUCAGCACCGCGUUGGCGAACGCCACUCAUCUCGAGGAUUGUGUCAUUGACUGUCUGGAUGGUAUCUACGUUGAUCGUGGCGCCCAUUUUCCUCUUCUCCAACGUGAUGCCGGACACAGAGACCGGACAGCCCAUGUGCAACGUGUUCUGGCCCGAAUCGAGGCUGUUCCUCAAUGGAGAAGCCGCCUUCAUCACGUACAGCUUCACCCUGGGCUUCGCUGUUCCACUGGCACUCAUACUUUGCUUCUAUGUCCUGGUUGUGGUGAAGCUCAGGACUGUUGGCCCGCGACGGAAAUCCGCCCAACGACGUCGAGAUCACCAAAAGGUGACCCGCCUGGUUCUCACUGUGGUGGCCGUUUAUGUCUGCUGUUGGCUCCCUUAUUGGCUGACUCAGUUGGCGUUGCUCAACGCUGACUCCGCCCACACGCCAUUGGUGGCUACAGUGUACACGUUCGCGGCAGCUUUGGCGUAUUCGAAUUCAGCCAUGAAUCCAAUUCUGUAUGCUUUCUUGUCCGACAACUUCAAGAAGAGCUUUACAAAAGCGUGCAGGUUCGUGGAUUGA